CAGGAGGCGACAUGAACUCGUGGCCUGUUGGGGCCAGGCAGGGCAGUCCGCGUCCCGACUCCCCGCUGCUGGUCUUGUGGGCGCUGCUGCUUCUGACCCGCUAUUCGGCGGAAGAGGAGAAACGGGGUAAGGCUGCAUCAAAUGUAAUUUUUGAUGUUUGUGCUACUUGCCAUGCAAAUGCCACAUGUGUACAAAAAGAUGGCAAAGAUAUCUGUGAGUGCAACUAUGGAUUUAUUGGAAAUGGGAGAACAAUCUGUCAUGAUAAAAAUGAAUGUCUUUCUGGCAUUUGUGGAGAGCACGCUGUAUGUCAUAAUACACACGGAAGCUAUUACUGUGUUUGCCAUGUAGGCUUCCAGGCCUCCAAUAAACAUGGAACAUUUAUUCCCAAUGAUGGCACAACAUGUAUAGUUGUGGAUUGUGGACCUCCACCUUAUAUUCCAAAUGCUCUGUCAGCUCCUGUGGAUAAAACCACUUAUGGAAACCAAGUCCUUUAUACCUGUCAGCCUAAUUAUGUCCUUGAAAGUGGGAACUCAACUGCGGUUUGCAAUGCCAAAGGAAAAUGGGAAGGUGCAGAUAUGGUGUGUAAAGAAAUAGACUGUGGAAAACCACCGAGGCUGCCAAAUGCAGACAUUAUCUGGGAUAACAGCACAACUUUAGGGAGCACCGUAUACUAUAAAUGCAAAGAUGGAUUUCAGUCUUUUGGAGAACAUAAUUUUUCACAAUGUAAAAUAUCUCACAAAUGGGAAAACAUUACUUUUGAAUGCAAAGAAAUCACCUGUGGCCAACCUCCUGUAUUGUCUUUCUCAAACAUGAUAUGGGAUGGAUCUACUCAUCCAGGAAGCACCGUAAAAUACAACUGCAUGAAAGGUUUCUAUUCCACAGGGACAAAAAGUCAUUCUGUUUGCACCAGAAAUGGAUCUUGGGAAAUGUUGGAUUUAAGAUGUAAAAAAGUGCAAGACUUUGUUAAUGUUACAUGGAAAGAUCCUUGUGUGUCAUGGAAGAGACAUUACGGAAGUGCUGGAGUAAAUGAAACCUAUCAAGUUACUGUGUUGAUGCUAGGAAAUGAAUCAAAGGAAAUGACAGAUAUGUUGAUCAAACCUCCUGCCACUGAGCUGGCUGUAAAUGUGUGUUUGCAAUUACAGCAACACACAAAUUACACUGUGGAAAUUAUUGCAGACUCCAUUAAUUUGCUUUUACGGUUGAGAAUAGCACAUCCAGUAAUUCAUCCAUUGGCUGAAAAGACAGUAUUCAACAACAUUUCCAUAUUUAAUGACACCUGUAUUAAAUGGCAGAGAGUCCCAAGAAGAACACAGACUGAGGAAACCUACCUAAUUCACCUAGUGGGUCUACGCUGGUAUCAGGAGGAAUUCAGUCAUAAAAUGAUUCUUAACUUUACCACAAAUUCAUGGAAUCCAGAAUUGUGCCUCAAUUUAUCUUCAGGCAGCAAUUACACUGUAAAUAUCUCCACUGCUGACCUAAAUCAUAGUGUCCCCCUCCAUUUGAGCAUCCCAUUAGCAGAUCCACCAUCGCCACAAGUAGAAUUCAGAUCAGCACAAGACUUUAUACCAUUAUUGAGCUUUCUGAAAGCUGAAGGAAGAAAUGGUCCAAUCAGUUCUUACCAAGUGAUUGUCAUUCCUGGGAUUCCACUCUGCAACUUUAAUUGCUACUCCUUGACCAACCUCUCCUACUUCAGCAAAGGUUCAGAAUCUGAUAGCUAUGUGACAGCUGAAUUCUCGGCCAAGAGCAUUCCUGAGAACAGGUUGAGUUUUGUUCCCGGAGACCGGCUAUAUUAUGGAGGAUUUUAUAACGCUCCCUUGAAACCAAGUAAAGCAUACUGUAUUGUACUUAGGACUGUCAGCAAGUGGAACGGGAUGAGAACACAGUCCUGUGUAAUAUGGGCCCAUAUUAGAGAUAUAUCAUUCCCAAUACAGCAUUUGACUAUUGUUAUUUUAAGCUCAGUUGCUGCUAUCAGUACCAUCUUUUUAUUAUUACUCUGCCUAGCAUGGUAGG